AUGCUUCUGCUAGCAGCGUUUCUGAUCAUUUUGGACCGAGAAAUCUUCUCUCGGUGCUGCCAGAGCGAAAGCUGCACCAAAACAUACAGGAGCGUCAUUUCAGUGGUGCUUUCAUUGCUGGGCAUUGCCUUCUCUGGCUACAGCCUCAUCAUUUCUACCUUGGGCUUAGUGCAGGGCCCCUUCUGCAAAACCCCAGCUGGCUGGGAAUAUAUUUUCAAAGACACUGCAGGAAGCUACCUCAUGGAUCGCGCUGCCUGGUCUGAAUGCCCAGAACCAGCUCAUGUAGUAGAGUGGAACGUCAUUUUGUUUUCUGUUCUGAUAGCUCUUAGUGGCCUUCAGAUGCUGAUUUGUUUUCUGAAGGUGAUCGCAGAGUUAAAGAGGAUACUGUGCGGAACUUACCCUGUCUUUAUUCAGCCUGGGGUGAUCUGACAGUCAUGAGAAAAGACUCACCAAGUCCUGCCAAGACACCACCAUACCUCUCAUCAUAAUUGCUGUUCUUUUUGUAAAGAAACAAA